UCGCACGUCUUUGUGUUCGUGGCACGGUGCUGCCAACCGGCUUGAAAGCCAAACAAAGAAAAGGGAAACUGAGUAGCUUUCACUUUUCGUUUGGGCCCCAAUGUCAAAGUUGGUGUAAAGGAAGACAACCCAAAAGCGAGAGACAUUCGUGCUUCAGUCUUUCGAACAAACGCACAAAUUUUUUGAAUUGCCAAAAUUGUAAUUAAAAACCAAGUUCGAUCUGCGGGAGAGUGGACAUCGCUGACACGCAGGGCUGCACUGCUGCGAUAGGCGCCUAUCGACUGUCAAUCGAUAGUUGGCACGGCCCACACGUCCGCAUUUUCUCAGUGAAAAAUCUCCACGCGACGAAACACGUUUUCCUGAUCUACAAACAAAAAAUAAUAAUCUGCAGAGGGUUUUUGGUUCUCUACCAGUUUUUAUAAUAAAAACAGAUAGCUGAGGCGUUUCUUCAUUCUCUUGCGUCUGCAGCUGGAAUUUAUUGUUGCCUUCUUCGUCUUGAAAGUGAAAAUUAUAUUUCGCCAAAGCUAGCAAUUAAUUGCGUUUUUUCAUGGAAUUACGUAAUCUGUGGAAGAAGUUCAGUAUCCAUUAGUUACGCACACACAUACACCAAAGAGUCACGCACGUACAUACAAACAGGCGUGCAUGGUGAAAUCUACGCGUGUGGAAGCGAGACGACGAUAGGGCAUUGGACAAGGCACAUAGCGUUGCCACCCUUUGCUUUUUUCGUUCGGAAAAAACCCAAAGGGAAAAAGAAUGCCGCGAAUAGUACCACUGCAGUUGCUGCGGUGCCUUCGGGUGCUGUUGGACGACAAUGGCGGUAUUUUGAGUGCCCAGGAAGUAAAGCGCAUUUCGGGAUUGAUGGCAAAAUAUUCAAAGAAACUGGUUUCCAAAUGCGUUUACGUACAAAUAUUGAAAUCUACAAAGACGGAGCUACUCGGGGACUUCAUGUCCGUGGGCGGCUGGUCGCUGGUCUACACAUGGCUAAACGAUGCCAUUCGGGCGAUGAACUGGCCGCUGGUCCAGGAAAUCCUCGAGCUGCUGCUCCUCUCGCCGGUGGAUGUCAACCGGCUGAAGAUCAACUCUGCCCCGAUCUUGGUCAAGGGUCUGUGCAAGGAUGGCGGCAAUGAAGGUGUUCGCAUUCUGGCCAAGCGGCUGGUCGAGCAGUGGCUGAAGAUUGUGACCGAGAACUCGUGCGGGUCGGCGGUCUUGAUAGCUGCUCAGCCCUCAGCCCAGAAUGCAGCCAGUACUCCAGCAGGAGCUUCCAGCGGCGACUCCACUGGUGCUGGUGGUAUCCCUCCAGUUCACGACUCGGCCUCCUCCAACGACAGCACGGACAGUGCGAGGGCCCCAGUGACGUACACCAUCACCUCCGCGCCUAGCCAUAGCAACUCCAACAGCAUAACCAUCAAAUGGAAAUCGGCUGACAAGCUAAACCAUGAUCCUGAGGACGAUGACGAGGCUGCCGAGGCGGCAAUGCACAAUGACGGGGAGCCGGAGAGGGAUCCCCUGGACACGGCCGAAAUGGUCAAAAAGUCUAGUUCCAGUUUAGAUGAUAGUUGUUCAGCGGCUGCGUCGGAGGUUAAGUCCGGCGAGGAUGUUCAUGAUAAUAAGAAGCAUAGUAGGAGCUCCAAGAGCGACAAGAGUAAACGGUCCUCCGAGAAGGAGCGCGAGAAGGAUCGGAAAGAGAGGUCCUCCUCGAGCCACAGGUCUUCAUCGUCUAGCCAUAAGUCGUCGUCGUCGUCGUCAUCUUCCUCCUCUUCGAAGAGCUCUUCCUCCAAGAGCUCUUCCUCCUCCUCCUCACAUCGCAGCUCGAGCGAUAAGCACAGCAGAGAUAAGGACAAGGACAAGGCUCGCUCUAGCUCCUCCAGCUCCAGUUCGAGCAAGGACAAGGAGCGCAGCGGUUCUUCGUCGUCCUCUUCCUCCUCCUCGAAUAAACACAAGUCCUCAAAGUCCUCUUCAUCGUCGUCGUCGUCCUCCUCUUCUACAUCGAGCUCUGGUUAUAGUUCGUCUAAAGAUCGCAAGGACAAGUCCUCCUCGUCCUCGUCCUCUUUAUCCUCGAAGCAGGAGAGGGACAAGGACAACAAGCUGAUGCCGCCGCCGGCGCUAGCUGCUUCCUCGCCUACGACAGUGGCCAAAGAGGGGGAGGCACAGAAGCCCAGAUCCAUACCCAUUCUGUCCAGAAAGGCGUCCAUUUCGAUAGAGAUACGACGGGACACAGAGAAGGCAUCCACCGUCAAGACAUACCAGUCCAAGUUCCGAUCGCACGGCCUGACGGAAGAGGCACCGCCUCCACCCUCCAGGAAAGGCCUUAAGAAGCCCACAUCGACGCCUUCGACGUCGCUAGCAGGCACCACUCUUCCCGUUGUUCCGGCCAUCAAGCGACCGUCACCACCGCCCAGCCGGGAUUCGCCGGCGGAAAAGAAGCCCAAGAUCGAUAUGAGCACAGUGGCGGGCCAUGUGGAGCGGCCGGGAGCAGCCAAGCUGAUCGCGCCCAAAAAGAUUUCAACCCUGGUGGAGACUAAUCUAUUCUCGGACGCCUUGGCAGCCUCAAUUGAGCCCAAGAAGACGGUGAAACGAAAGCGUGUCUUGUCAGCCACAUCGCCCACGGAAAAGGAUGCGCCGCUGGCACCGCUCAAGUUCUACCAGGACACGCUGGACGAGUCGAAGAGCGACGAUAAGUCGGACGAUAGCACCAAGGAGAAUGACGAGGGCAAGGACACCGAUGUCGAUGGUGAUGGCGACGUCGAUGGCGAUGAUGAUGACAUUCCCCUGAAGCGCGUCAAGGAGCACAUCGAACAGAAGGUGAAGGAGAAGGAGGCGGCAUCGGCAGCGGGUGAGGCAGGAAAUACCUCCGAUGAUGCCGAUGAUACGCCGGCAGAGCCAAAGAAACCAGGACCCGGUUGCGGACCCGACGGACCACCCGGCGUCCUUGUCGUGCACCGCCGCAAGGGGCCCAAGAAGAAGCUCACCUGGAAGCCGGAGGAUAAGCUCACACAGAUCCGCUACUUCGAGGUCGAUCACUCGGAGCGCGUGAACGUGACCAAGCAGAGCUUCAACGAGAUGAAGAAUAUGGAGCGAUUCAGCGAGCGGGAUGCAUUGACCAUUGCCCGACGUGGAUUCGAUGACACCAUGGAGCCACAGAUGGAGUGGCGACCCCUCAUCGAGGUGGACAACGUGCCCGAUCAUCCCAAUGGAAAUCUCUCCAAGCAGCGGCAAGUGCAGGCCGAUCGGGAGGCCACCACUCUCCGAGCCCUGUACUUCUCGCCGGACAUGAUACCGGACAGUGCGGCAGAGGCGGAACUGGAGCCGCACUUUGCCCAUGACAUUCCUGUGAUACCCAUCGAUGAUCUGACCGGUAAUCCCGAUGCGGUCAACGAUUACAGCGCCCUGCCUUGGCCCGAACCCAAGGGUUAUGGCAUGCCUGCACCAGGAAUCGUAAAUGGAGCGAAUGUAUCUAACAACGGACCGCCGGAUAUGGGCUUCGUUGGGGAGAACAGCAUGAACACCAUGAUGCCACCACCAAAUAUGAUGCCACCCAAUCCCUUCGAUCCCUUCAUCUGCAUGCGAGGUGGCGGCGGUCCUCCUGGCAUGCCAGUGCCCAAUGGUCCGCCACAGAUCUGGCAGAACCCGAUGGCGGGACCACCGCCCAAUGGACCACCCAUGAUGAAUGGACCUGGUCCAGUGCCCGGCAUGGAUAUGAAUAAUAUGAAUAUGAACAAUAUGCCGAUGCCGCCGCCCCAGAACUUUAUGGGCAAUCAAUUUGGCAGUCCAGUGCCACCCUUCGGUGGUGGUCCUCCGCCGGGCUUUAAUCAAUUCCCGCCCAUGAUGAUGAAUGGGCCUGGACCGGGUCCGGGAAUGGGACCAGGUCCGGGAAUGGGACCGGGUCCGGGAAUGGGACCGGGACCAGGAAUGGGACCAGGACCCAUGAUGAAUGGCCCUCCCAAUGGAAUGGGACCCAUGCAAAACAGGAAUAACAUGAACAACAACAACAAUCGGAACAACAAGAACAAUGGAGGAGGAGGUGGAGGUGGAAAUUGGCGCAGCGGCGGCAAUAACUUCCAGGAUAACUCCGGCGGCAACUGGCGGUCAGCGGGUUCUGGCGGCUCCAAUAAUCGAGGCAACGGCGGAGGCGGAGGCGGUGGCGGCGGCAACGGCGUCUGCAAGGCCUUCAUGCGUGGACACUGCAACAUGGGCAAGAACUGCAAGUAUGUGCAUCCACAGAAGAAGCGCAUGUAGGACUCGUCGCCCGAAUCUUCUGCGGAAGAUUCAGCUGCAUAAGAGCAGGAGAGAUCUCAGGCAAGCUGGAGGAGCCCCAGAUUGUGCCACCACCAAGACUGUAGCCAGGUUAGCCGUCGUUAGUUAGUUUUUAUAUAUAUUAUAUAUAUAGGGUUUGUAUAUAACAUGUAUAUGUAUCUGGUAUAUAUGUGAGUGCAGAGAGAGAGAGAGAGCAAAGCCGGAGCUAUUAAUUUACAAGUUGUUAAGUUGUUUAGUCUAAGGUUUAUACAUUUAGUUAACCCCGGACAAGAAGACGAAGAUCGAUGUGUACUUAGAAGAGAAGUCUCUUUUAUUUUUGCUAUUAUUAACAGUAGUCAUAUGGUUUAGCUAUGUAGACAUAUAUUAGCCCUAAGAUCAUAAAUAUUCACAAUUAAAGACCAAGUCAUAUGAUGAAUUUUUCAAAAACCAAA